AUGUAUAGAUUAGGUGAUCAUUUUGUUUUAGUCAGUUCUCCUCAAGAUCACAGAUCCCUCACAGAUGUUAUUGAUGAAAACCUGGAGUCCUCUUUGGAGGAAGUGACUGAAUUAUAUGAGGAGUACGAGAAAGGAAGAAGAGAACGACUGCGCUUGUGUCAAGAGGAGAGAGAGCGGAUCAUACGAGAGGGCUGGAAUAGCAAGUCAUCUGUAAAACCCUUCACAGCCCUGGAAACCGUCCUAGAACACAAAGCUGAGAGUCUAAGCACCGACUCCAAAGCCAAAAGUCCCAGUGAUCCAAGCUUCACAGAUGACCGUGCUCAUUCAAAGUCUGCGAUCACCAUCUCAGACAGGUUUACAACCACACACGCUCAGAGGUUCCCCUACAGUUUCAGUCUGGCCGACCUCAGACGUUCUCCUGCGACGGAGCGCCGACUAAAAAGCCUCUCGCAGGAGAUCAGUCGCAAACUGUGCAUCACAAUCCCGGAAAAAGAUCAUAAGAUUGCCUCAUUGAUGCUGGCCAAGCAUGAAGAGGAGCAGUUCCGCUUACGGCAGAGCAAGUUCGAGGAGCAAAAUCGUGAGGAGGAGAGGAGGCGUGAGGAGGCGCGGAGAGCUCGCUUGGAGCAAAAGAAGCGAAAAGAGCUUCUACGACAUAUCCGUCGCUGGCAGGAGGACUUGGAGGAGCGAAGGAGGCGUCGAGAGGAACAGGAGGCCGCUCUUACGGAGCAACGCAAACGAGAGACGCUUCAACAGGAGGAGCGCUGGAGAAGACUUGCAGAGGAGCAACAAACUCAACGCUGGUUCAAGCAUAACGUGGCAAACAGGGAAGCGAAAGAACGCAAGCGCUACCAGGAGAGGCUCCGGCAGGAGAAGGAGCGCAACGAGGAGGCGCAGCGAGAGACGGAGUCGCAGGCGGCGCGUGAGAAAGAACAGCAUGCGAUGAGGAGCAAGCGAACGCAGGACAAGAGAGAACGGAGGAGAAUCAAGCAAGAGAACGAGAGGGAGCUUCUCAAGCACCUCCUCCUGAAAAAGGAGGCCGAGGAGCGGGAGCACGCGGAGAAGGAGCUGAGGAGAAACGGACUCGAGCGGAAGCUGCAGCGCUCCUCGGAGAACCACGAAGUGCAGGUGGAGGCGCGCGUGCAGGAGAUGCGGCUGCGUGCGCUGAAGGAGGAGGGGCAGAUGCGGACGGUGCAGGAGCGGCUGGAGAGGGAGAACAGGGAUUGGGUGGAGCAGAAGCAAACGCUGGUGAAACGGUGCCAGGUGAGGAUGGAGAACGCCGUGCGUCAGGCGCAGGAGGAGCGGAGUCGCAGAGCUCAGCGCGUCAGGCGAGAAAACCAGGAGAAGGAAAUGAAUCAUCGCAGACUACAAGACCGAGUCCUGGAGGAGUUGAAAGCGCGGUGGGAGCAAAGAUGCGAGGCCGUGACGCAGAAGGACGAGCGCAGGGAGAAGCUGCUGAAGGAGAGGGCAGAGGUCAUGGAGAGGAGCCGAAAAGUGGCUCACGCCUCCUGCUACAUGCGGGACAGGGUGAGGGAGCAGACGUCCCGGCGCAGCUUUGACCAGAUGGCUCGAGAAGCAGAGCUGAACGCUCACGUGGGUCGCCUGAAACUAUGACGAGCGCUACCGAGUUAGUCCGACUGGUGAUAAUCAAAUUACAAUAGUAUUAAUGCAGCCAAACUAUAGUUUAUAGGCACAUUUGAAAUGGAAAUCCAGCUUCCAGCACAAGUAUUAGACUAGUUUUAUGUCUGUUUUUUCAUACAAAUGAGGUGUUUACAGUGCUGAUAAAUGUAUUUGUUAAGUCAAAAGAUGAUUAAUACGCUUUUAGACUUCACCAAAGACAGGCCAUGUAUUUAUUAUAUAGAGAAUUUAUUUAUUUAUUGACUUUUAUUUGAACAAAUAAUGUGAUUUCUGAAUGCUUUAUUCACCAAUAAAGUUUUGGAAUAUUUCACAAUA